AGCCACUCACCCACUUUUCUUCUCACGAGUCGACUGCCGUUACCGAAGCGAACGAUAUGACGAGAACCAAGCAAGCAAAGUACAGGAAAGCAAUGCCCAAGAAAACGAAGCCCAAAGAAGGGAACUCUAAGGAUGCAGAGCCCAAGAAACCUAAACCGAGCGAAGAAGCUAUCGCGAGUCUCCGACAGCGCUAUCACCAAGCUCGAGAUGCUCAAUUACGCCAAUGGUAUGCAGACUCGCAAAGCACUGACAGCAAAGUGAGCACACCCGCACAAAUUAGGUUGCAGACGCAAAUGCAAUUACGAGAGCAUCGCAAGCAGUUCGCUACAUUGAGGCGUCAGCGCAAGAACUGUAAACGCCGCGAAGACGCUAUUGGUCUUUCGGAUUUGCAGGAAGAGUCGAAGAGAGCCAACAGUGCUUACGCCUCGUCCAUGAGAUUACUCAAAGGAAAGACAACGUUGCUCAAACCCGAGCGUGUAUUGGGGCGCUGGAUGACGAACCCUCCAACUCUCCAAGAGGUUCUCGACGACAUAAAUCUGGAUAAGAUGCAUGACUUUGGUGCAUUUAAGGUGGACCAGAACCUCUUGACUCCACAUCAAGAAAAUGACGAGGUAAUCCCGGAGUACAAAGAAGACGAUGACUGGGUAGCCAGUGUCUCCAAAAUGAAUCUACACGAUACCGACCAGGGGCAGAACAAGUAUCAGAAGAACACAGCGUUUUUGGAAAGGCCGUUGUAUGCAUCUCAAGAGGAGGUCUCUCAAGAUGAGCAAGAGGAGGUCAAGUCAAUCUGGAUGAAACACGAAGCCAGGAUGGUACGACGCUUCGAAGCAACAAUGUCAGAAUCUGAUGUGCAGACGAUGCUCAUCAAUCAGAAGCAAGCCUUUGAUCAGCAUCAUCACUACGAACACUUGGUCAUUGAGGAACACGAGAGGACUAAAAACCUGACAGCCGCCAACAUUGUUAUGUUCAACAAUCGAUAUAUAAGAACGUGCGUCAACCCCACACUCGAGCUGAUGUGUCAUAAUCAGGGUACGUGGGAUAUCGUGUCCACCAAGUUGUGGGAUUACCUCGACGGCAGCAAGAGUUGGAUCUCACAAGACUGGAUCCUCGGAGGCCAAAUGUGUAUCGAGACGUUUUCCGAUUUACCUCGCGUCCAUGUGACAUUCGGCACACGCACCUUCAGUACCGAUUGUGUUCAACUACCCACCCUCGUCGAUCCACAGCCAUUUGCAUUACGAGCAUUCUGCGAACAAGAUGGUUCGAAUGUGCUGUUCAGCAUCACUUUCCUCACGAGCGGCUUUCUGAAGGUCCAAUUUCCUGCACUCUCGAUAAUCCAGCCAGAUGGAGGGUCCAAGGUUGUUCCCACCGCGGAGACGGUUCUAGAGUUGGUAGGUGUGUACACCGGAAUGCAUGGAUAGAACGAGGGAGCCGGUAUUGCAACACUUAGGUGAUUUGGUUUGCGGAGUUGAUUGGGCAUUUGGAAAGACACAUUAAAGUGGUUAUGCGGACCAUGUCACGGAGGCAUCAGACGUUCAUCAUGUGGAAUGUGAAGGAUUGAGGCUAUUCAGCAACCUGAGAUUGCUUGGAUAGAUUCUGGACUAGCC